UGUUUUGUUUGUGCGGUGACCGUUAACUUCGUGCAUAUAAAGUCCUCCUCUGGACAUGAUUCAAACAAACUCUCCUAGAAUAACAAUUAAGGCACAAACUGGGUGAUUUCAAUCAAAGCAGGGGCCUUUCUCCCUGCCAGAACCAUAUCCAAUCAAGGACCCUGCAUCAUAAUUUGAGGUUGUCUUUGUGAAAAACCCAUCACAGGCACAUCAUAAAGGGGAUUCCUUGAUUUGAGAUCUUGUUGCUUUGCAGUUGCAGGAUCAGAACUUUCACUUUUCUGUUAAAUCAUAGUUAUGAAGGGUGAGGAGGGGAACAAGAGGUACAUCAGCUCUGAGGAGUUGAAGGAGCACAACAAGCAAGGAGAUCUGUGGAUAUCAAUUCAGGGUAAGGUUUACAAUGUCUCUGAUUGGGCCAAGGAUCACCCUGGUGGUGAGGUUCCCCUUUUGAAUCUUGCUGGCCAGGAUGUCACUGAUGCAUUCAUUGCAUACCAUCCUGGCUCAGCAUGGCAAUAUCUUGACAAAUUCUUCACCGGGUAUCACCUCAACGAUUUCCAAGUCUCUGAGGUAUCCAGGGAUUACAGGAAACUCGUGACCGAGUUUGUCAAAUUGGGGCUUUUUGAGAAGAAAGAGCAUGUCACCUUAUACACCCUCACCUCUGUUGCUGUUAUGUUUUCCAUUGUUGUUUAUGCCGUCCUCAGAUGCACAAGCGUGUGGGCUCAUUUGGGCUCUGCCAUGUUGCUGGGUUUGCUUUGGAUGCAGAGCACUUAUGUGGGUCAUGAUUCUGGUCACUAUGAGGUUAUGUCGAGUCGCGGUUACAACAAAUUAGCCCAAGUUUUGUGUGGGAAUUGUAUGACUGGGAUAAGCAUUGCCUGGUGGAAAUGGACUCACAAUGCUCAUCACAUUGCCUGUAACAGUCUUGACUAUGAUCCUGAUCUGCAGCAUAUCCCUGUUUUUGCUGUAUCUUCUCGUUUCUUCAGUUCCAUUAGAUCUUGUUUCUAUGGGAGGGAGCUCAAGUUUGAUGCUUUGUCAAGGUUUCUGAUCAGUUACCAGCACUGGACAUUCUACCCGGUCCUGUGCUUUGCCAGGGUCAACUUGUACCUUCAGACUCUUCUGCUCUUGUUUUCAGGGCGUAAAGUCCCAGAUAGAGCUUUAAACAUAUUGGGGAUCCUUGUAUUUUGGACUUGGUUCCCUCUUCUUUUGUCGUGUCUUCCAAAUUGGCCAGAAAGGGUUAUGUUUGUGCUAGCUUCCUUUGUUGUUUGUUCUGUUCAGCAUCUGCAAUUCUGUUUGAACCAUUUUGCUGCAAAUGUGUAUGUGGGGCCACCAAAGGGGAAUGACUGGUUUGAGAAGCAGACAAGUGGGACAUUGGACAUCUCUUGCUCAUCUUGGAUGGAUUGGUUCUUUGGUGGUUUGCAGUUUCAGCUUGAGCAUCAUUUGUUCCCAAGGCUUCCAAGGGCUCAAUUGAGGAAGAUAUCUCCAUUGGUGAUUGAUCUUUGCAAGAAGCAUAAUUUGCCUUACAGGAGUUUGUCAUUUGUGGAGGCCAAUCUUUGGACUCUUAAGACACUCAGAACUGCUGCUCUUCAAGCAAGGAACCUCAUUGAUCCUUCUUCCCAGAAUUUGUUGUGGGAAGCUUUCAACACUCAUGGUUGAGCAUUUGAAUUUAAUUUCCCUAUUGUUAGUUAACGUACAAUAAUGAUGAUAGGAUCACAAUAUACGUGCUCGUGCUCUGCAUCUAAACAAAUUCUAGAUCAUAGUUCCCUUUUGACCUAUGACCUUUUCUUGUUCA